AUGAAUUUCUGUUACACUCAAGAAGAAUAUAACGUCACUUCAUAUGAUGCCCUGGCUAUGGCCAUCAUCACAUUUCAGGCACUUGCUGGCACAUGGAUAAAUGCUUUCAUCAUUUCUGUGAUUUGUAUUUCUUGGGUCAAAAAGAAAAGCUUUAACUCUAAUGAGAAGGUCUUGCUGUUUCUGGGAUGCGCCAGGUUUGGGUACUUGAUCGUCACGUGGGUAUAUUGCUUUCUUUCAAUAAUUUAUCACACGCGCUUUUAUGUUCACUCCAUCCCCCAAGUAGUUGUAGCUGUUCAAAGCUUUUUAAGUUCUUCCAACUUGUGGGUUUCUGCCUGUCUUUGUGUUUUUUAUUGCGUAAAAAUUGCAAAUUUCAGGUACACCUUCUUCAUUUACCUGAAAGUGAAAAUUGACAAGAUUGUGCCAUGGCUGUUGCUGGGUUCAGUGCUUUUAUCUCUGGUCAUCUGCAUUGCUGUCUACUACAUCACUGGUGAGGCACACUGUAGCAACUCCAAUUCCACCACCCUAGAAAACUUCUGGAAAAUAGAUGUCAAAAUGAGUGAAGAAUUUUUACCUGUUUUUCUUAUCAACGGCUUUGGAUUUGCCACUGCAUUCAUGGCAGUCAUCUUUUCCGUCCUUCUCAUCUUUUCUCUCUGGAGACAAAAACGCAAGAUGCAGACCAACUCAAUGAAGGAACUCAACAUGGAUGCCUAUAUCAAAGUCAUAAAAUCUAUUCUGUCCUUCUUCAUCAUUUACAGCUUUAACUUUAUAUGUUUGAUCUUGACACUGAUUUAUGCCGCAAAGGAGCAAACUACCGCGUCAUUUCUCAUUUUCAUAUUCCAGUAUGCUUUUCCAUCUCUUCAUUCCCUUACUCUGAUUUUCAGCAAUCCCAAACUGGAAAAAGCACUGCUAAGAACUCUCGCCUGUCUGAAGCGCAAUAUUUGCAAGAAGUAG